CCCUGAGCAGCAGCCGCCUCAGCUUCUCUAAGCUCGUGCAACUAGGACCAGCUUGCGGGACAGAAUCCGGCCAAGCCAUGCUUGGGCUUACACAGCAUGCUCAGAAAGUUUGGAGAAUGAAGCCCUUCAGUCCUGAGGUUUCCCCAGGCCCAUCCCUUGCCACCGCAGGCCACCUGCUUCUCAUCUCUACUCUCUUCCUGACCUUGCUCGAGUUGGCCCAAGUCUGCAGAGGUUCCAUGGUAUCCAACCGGCCGUUCAUCACUGUCUGGAAUGGGGACACUCAUUGGUGCCUGACGGAGCAUGGAGUGGAUGUGGAUGUCAGUGUCUUCGAUGUGGUUGCCAACAAGGAGCAGAGUUUCCAAGGCCCUAACAUGACAAUUUUCUACCGAGAGGAAUUGGGCACCUACCCCUACUAUACGUCCACGGGGGAACCCGUAUUUGGUGGUCUGCCCCAGAAUGCCAGCCUGGUUACCCACCUUGCUCACACAUUCCAGGACAUCAAGGCUGCCAUACCUGAACCUGACUUCUCAGGACUGGCAGUCAUUGAUUGGGAGGCUUGGCGCCCACGGUGGGCCUUCAACUGGGACAGCAAGGACAUUUAUCGGCAGCGCUCAAUGGAACUGGUCCGGGCAGAGCACCCUGACUGGCCAGAAACUUUAGUGGAGGCAGUAGCCAAGGACCAGUUCCAGGAAGCUGCACAGGCCUGGAUGGCAAGCACCCUCCAAGUGGGGCAGGCACUGCGUCCCCGUGGCCUCUGGGGCUACUAUGGCUUCCCUGACUGCUACAACGACAAUGACUUUUUAAGUCUCAACUACACAGGCCAGUGCUCAGAACACACCCGUGAUCAGAAUGACCAGCUAGGGUGGUUGUGGAACCAGAGCUAUGCCCUUUACCCCAGUAUUUACUUGCCUGCAGCACUGAUAGGCACAGGGAAGUCACAGAUGUACGUUCGACACCGUGUGCAAGAGGCGUUCCGUGUGGCCACAGCUUCCAGAGACCCCCAUGUGCCCGUAAUGCCUUAUGUCCAGAUCUUCUAUGAAAUGACAGAUCAUCUUCUGCCCCUGGAGGAGUUGGAGCACAGCCUGGGGGAGAGUGCAGCCCAGGGAGCGGCAGGAGCAGUGCUCUGGCUAAGCUCAAACAAGACAAGCACCAAGGAAUCAUGCCAGGCCAUUAAAGCAUAUAUGGAUUCCACACUUGGGCCCUUCAUCGUGAACGUGACCAGCGCAGCUCUUUUGUGCAGCGAAGCUCUGUGUUCCGGCCACGGUCGCUGUGUCCGCCACCCCAGUUAUCCUGAGGCUCUCCUCACCCUCAACCCUGCCAGUUUCUCCAUCGAGCUAACACAGGACGGCAGGCCCCUGAGCCUCAAGGGGACCCUCUCACUUAAGGAUCGGGUGCAGAUGGCUAUGAAAUUCGAGUGCCGAUGCUACCGUGGAUGGAGCGGCACGUGGUGUGAUGAGCAGGGACUGGAGACGCUACUAGAAAGCGGAAACAAAGCGAAACUCUCAUUUCUUUGAGCCUGGAGCUAGGAGAGGUGCAGGCGGAGC